GCCACUGAUGUGGAUAGCUUUAAAUUUUGGAGUAUUUCUGAUUUUGGAAUUCUGGAUAAAGGAUGCCCAGCCUAUAUUAGUUCUUAGGUUAUGAGUAUGUGUCUGUGUGUAUUUCUGUGCUCCUCACACAUUGUAAUGCCGCACUGCACACACCAACACACCAGGUAAGCUUUUCAACACUUGGAGAAGCCGAGCUCUGUAAGGCAGUCUAGUUUUUCACCUGUCUCUCAACAUGGAACGCUGCCUCUUAUUAAGUUCUUACCAUGUUGGUCACAUGACUAACCAGGAGAUGGAUAACAGAGGGACAAUUGUUGUGUAAUUACAACAGGGCCUGUAUUAUUUUGGAAACUUGCAGUACCUUGGAGAAUAGGCCUAUUUAAUAUAGCCCUGAGUAUAUAAAUGAUCUAUAAUGUUAAACUUCGCCGCCGCAAGCGUUGUGACCUGCAGAAAUCUAAUGAAAGGGCUGAUUCAGAAGGGUUGAAGUGGGGAAAGGGGGGGCUGAGGAAGAAAGUGGUCACAUGGGAAGAGGGGUCAUAUCCAGGUGGGUAUAAAUCACCAAGUUCUAACGUCCUUAAAGCCAAUUUCCUCCUCCCUUUGGGCAAUAUUCUUCAAGGACAGUUUUCUGCCAAAAGAUGAUGGUAAUCCUACUGGUGAAAGUAUUGAUGAUAUUGCAUAGUAGUGGAGGUCAAGGGCCUGAGACUCCAGCACUUCCAAUGGAUCUUCCUCUUGUGACAGAAAGGACUUUAAAUAACAUUACAUUCUUCAAUGGAGUCUUUGCAAAUGUGGACAGUGUUGCAGUGUUUUUUGACUGUUUAGGUUCCCACUUCACCUGGCUCCAGUCUAUAUUCACCAACUUUCCUGCAUUGCUUAACUUUGUGAACAAAAUGAAGUGUGUGACCGGCAUUUGCCCAAGAGAUUUUGAAGACUAUGGCUGCGCUUGCCGGUUUGAGAUGGAAGGCCUCCCUGUAGAUGAAGUAGAUGAUUGCUGUUUCCAACACCGAAAGUGCUAUGAAGAGGCAACUGAUGAAGAAUGUAUGUGGGAUCCUGCCAAGUUGACUAUGGAUGUCAGCUGCCUCACCAAAAAUCUCACCUGUGAGUCUGAAGAUUCCUGUGAGCUCUUUCUCUGCAACUGUGACAAAGCAGCCAUUGAAUGUUUUUUGCACUCCCGGUUUAAUUCUUCCAUGAACAACUUGGAUGUUUCAUUCUGUCCGGCUCCAGUUACAGAAAUGCCUAGUGAGAAGAGCCUGACAACAACUAAAAAUUCAGACCUUCAAGAUCAGAGGAUUGAAGACACUCAGUUGACAGACACAUCUGUGGCAGAGGCUACUCCACCACCCACCAGUGGAACAGUUGUAGAAAUGUCAGGUUCAGAAUUUACUUCCCAUGUGGACAAAGAUAGAAUUCUUGGGAUCCAUGGAGGAGGAGGAGGAGGAGGAGGAGGAGGAGGAGGUGUGUAUCCGCUUUGUGAUCUUGUAAAGUACUUUGAAAAUGGCAUUGCACAGAAAUGUAGACAUAGAAAUAACAUCAUUGAUCAAACUGCCCUUUAUGAAUUAAUGCAUGAAUCAAUGGACGAAUCGAUAAAUGAAAUAGUUAAUAGGUAUAUUCCUUCAGAUAUUAGUGACAUGCAGGUGAAGGACUUGGAAGAGGGAGCUGUUACACCAGACAUGAAGAGUGAUGGAGGAUUGGAAAGCCUCGGAGAAGGAGUAAUAUCACAGGAAGGUGUGACUGCUACUUUGGACAAUUUUAGGUCAGGAGUAAUGUCACAAGAAGGCAUAACUCCUCUUUUAGAAAGCUCCAUGCCAGGAGAUCCAACUGAGGAAGCUUUCUUCACAAGGGAAACGCCUUCUGCUUCAUCUGAUAUGAACUCAAAUGAUCCUGAGAUGGUGCCAACCUCAGAUACUCCAGAGCAAUCCACAGAGCAUGAGAAUAAUUUCAAGAUCGUUGGAGAGGAAGGUGCAGGAUUGUCCACCGUGGUUCCAGAAGAGACAUCAGAUCCCGGGGAAUCCUUUGGAGAAGUUUGUGACCGCUACACUUUUCUGCAACUGAGAGAAAAUGGAAGAAUCAAGAGAGUAUUGCCACAAUUAGGCGAGAUGCUUUACUGCUUAACCGAUCGAUGCCCAGAAGAGUUUGAAUUAUAUGGCUGCUACUGUGGCCAGGAAGGGAGAGGCCAGCCAUCAGAUGAUCUAGACAGGUGCUGUUUCUCUCACCAUUGCUGCUUGGAGCAAGUUAGGAAGUUGGGAUGCCAUCCAGAGAGAAAUUCCAGGUCUGAGGUUGUCUGUUUUGAUCACACACCAAAGUGUAUUGGAUGGACCAUGUGCGAAAAGCUCCUGUGUUCUUGUGAUAAGGCAGCGGCUGAGUGCAUGGCUGCAGCUUCUUUCAACGAGACCUUCAGCUCCCCAAACAGACAAGCUUGCCACGAGGACAAAUUGCUUUGCCGCAGGAGUGGGCACGAAAGGCCCCUGAGUGGCACUGUGGCUGGGACUGGGUCCUCCACGUCCAGCGAAGAAGACAGUAGCAGCGAGGAGGCCGUGCCACCCAAGAGCAUCUUGAGAAGGGGAAAGAGGGCAGCGCUCCUGGAAGCAAGGAAAAAUGCCAGGCCAUCAUCACAGCGAACCAGAUAAUCUCAAUUUCAUCGUUCCGCUGGGAACUGACCAGGAAUAGUCAGUGACAGACAACUAAUAUGAUAUCUAAAGUUAGAGAUGGGAGAUCUGUAAUAUCACUCGAGUUUUCUGUAGUGACUUUCCAUUUUUCAGUAUAGCAGCUGUGGGAAAAUAGAGGUGGGAGGCAAUUUGGAUUAGUAUGGCAUUUGGGGAGAGGCUAAGCCAUUCAUUGCUUCAUUGCAAUGGUAGUAUUUGCUUUAUGGGGAACACUUAUUUCAUGUGUAGGUAUCUUAGGGGGCAACAUGGUAAUCGGUUGAAACAAAACCAACCCAGAGUUUGUGUGCAAUCUGAAAGAGUAACCUAUUUUAUUUUGCAUUAGCCUUUAGGAAUUUCAGUUGAUGUCAUCAGACAUAUCUAACAAUAUCUUGUGAGUCUUUAUUUUUUUGACUUGGCCAUAUAGUAGUUUAGAAAGCAUACUGGUUUUUAUUGAGAAAUAAAGGGUGCAUCUACACUGUAGAAUCAAUGUAGCUUGACCUCACUUCUGUCAUGGCUCAUUGCUAUAGACCUGAACCUGGAAACUCAAAAUUGCAUGUCUCAGUGUUAAGGAAAUACAAAGGAUUUGAUGUGAUCAAAGCCCCAGGUUUUGCCUAGCCCUACGUCUUCCCUUGACUGCUGUCAUUAGAAACGAAUUUAUUAAAUGCAUAAGUUGCAGAAUCAA